UGAUUGUAUUUUGGGCGAAUAAGUUUUAUUGAAUUUAAGAGCAGAAACAGUUUUAUUUACGAAAAAUGUGCAUAAAAUGAAUGUGUAACUCGUAUUCAGAAACUCGAUAGCCUUUAUGUGGUCAAUAAUGUUAUUUGACUUGCAAGACGGAAAACCUUAUGACAUUACUCUAUAAUGAAAUUGGUCUAAAAAAUGGGAAAGCAAAAUAGUAAACUUAAGCCGGAAGUUUUGGAGGACCUUAAACAAAAUACAGAAUUCACAGAUGCUGAAAUUCAAGAAUGGUAUAAAGGUUUUUUAAAGGACUGCCCAAGUGGCCAUUUGUCUGUGGAGGAGUUCAAGAAGAUAUAUGGAAACUUCUUUCCAUAUGGCGAUGCGAGCAAGUUUGCAGAACACGUUUUUAGGACGUUCGAUGCAAACGGCGAUGGCACCAUAGACUUCAGAGAGUUUUUGUGCGCACUAAGUGUGACAUCACGAGGUAAACUCGAGCAGAAGCUGAAAUGGGCAUUCUCAAUGUAUGAUUUAGAUGGAAACGGAUACAUAUCGCGGCAAGAAAUGCUGGAAAUAGUUACAGCAAUAUAUAAAAUGGUUGGCUCUGUAAUGAAAAUGCCAGAGGACGAGAGCACUCCAGAAAAACGAACGGACAAGAUAUUUCGCCAAAUGGAUCGAAAUAAAGAUGGCAAAUUAAGCUUGGAAGAGUUUAUAGAAGGAGCCAAAAGUGAUCCUUCAAUAGUUCGAUUAUUACAGUGUGAUCCACAGUCCCAUUAACUGAAAUAAUAUUGAAAAAAAGCAAUAAUCAUUUAAUUGUAUAGUGUAAUUGCAAAUUAAAUUGUUUUUAUUUCAGUGUGGAAA